UAUAUUAGACGUAUCAUUUUAUCCUUGUUGUUCAUCGAAUGUUAAACGAGGAUAAAAUAAUAUCCUGAUGCAUUUAGGUAUUAUUUCUAAACGCAGGGAUACAACGAAAUCUUCUCGAGCCGACUUAAUUCGGGGCUGCGUUCCAAUAUUUACUACCAGUACUGAAAAUAUAUAGUUCAGAUAACGUAUAUUGUAGAUUUUCAGUACUGGCAGUGAAUAUCGGAAACGCAGUCUGGAUUUGACUACAAAUUUACCAUCACGAUUAGCUCAGGUCAGAUGUUGACUACGUGAAAUUUCGUCCAAAGGAAGAAAGUUUAUCAGUUUAUAUAAACGAGUUUUUCCGCCUUUACCAAAAAUAUAUUACGAAAAAGUUUUUUGACCAUCUGAAGUGCUCGGAAAAAAAUAUCGAAGUGCAAUAUAAAUGGUUAGAAAUUGAAGAUUUUCAAUUAAUCUAAAUUACAUCUUUUUACGCCGCUUCCCCGUGACAGGAAGAUCCGAUUUGAACUGUUAGCUGUAUUACUUGAGAAAGAUGGAGACUGAUUACGAUGAUGAUCGAAGUGGUUGGGGAGAUGAGAUGAAUCGAAGCACAGAUGAGUGCAGUGGAGAAGAUACAUUUGAUAAUCCACAGGAAGUAUUGAAUGAAUGCUUGGAUAAAUUUAAGACAGCUGAUUAUAUAAUGGAACCUGGUAUUUUUGCUCAACUUAAGAGAUACUUUCAAGCUGGAGGAAAUCCUGAACAAGUUAUAGAAUUAUUGUCGAAGAAUUAUACAGCUUGUGCACAGACAGCAAAUCUUCUUGCAGAAUGGCUGAUUCUUGCCGGAGUGAAAGUCACUGAUGUACAGGCAAUGGUAGAAAACAAUUUGAAGGACAUGAUUCUUAAAAAUUUUGAUCCCAAGAAAGCAGAUAAGAUCUUUACGGAAGAGGGUGAAACUCCUGCCUGGUUGACUGAAAUGAUACAACAUCCAACUUGGCGAUCUCUCAUUUACAGACUUGCGGAGGAAUACCCAGAUUGUUUAAUGUUAAAUUUUACUAUCAAACUUAUAUCUGAUGCUGGAUUCCAAGGCGAAAUUACAAGUAUUUCGACUGCAGCUCAACAAAUUGAAGUUUUCUCACGUGUGUUGAAGACUGCAAUUGCUGGAUUUCUUCAAAAUACAGAAAAUUGGCAAUCCAGUAUACAAGAAUGUGCAAAAAUGGUAUGUCACGGUCAGCAUACCUAUGUGUACAGUCAGGUUUUGUUGCAAAUACUUGCACAAGAAUCUCGUGGAGGUUUCAUGAUGAAAAGACUCUCUCAAGAAAUUACUAAGUGUGCGCAACAAAAUCGACAUGAUGUCACUCCGAUAACAAUGGCUUUGAAUGGUGCUGCUAGUAGUCCUGGAGCAUGUCAGGCACUGGCAUCUAUGUUAUCAAGAAACACCUUAAAUCCCGCUGAUAUUUCAGUCUUAUUUAGGAAUUAUUCUGCACCGGAACCCCCUCCUAUUGAAUUGUUGCGUAAUCCACAAUUUUUAGAAUUACUUGUUGAUGCCCUUUUUAAACCUGGGGUAAAGAUAAAUCAGGAACAUAAAUCAAAAUAUAUACAUUUAUUAGCUUAUGCAGCGAGUGUAUGUGAAACAGCUCCUAAGAAAAAUAACACUCGUAAAAUUAAUAAAGAUGAGUUAAAAACGACCAUCCAGGCAAUUGAGAAAGUACAUAAUAUAUGUAAUAUAAACAAAGGAUCAACUGAGCUAAUAGCAGAGUUACAUACUUUAUAUCAAUGCAUACGAUUUCCUGUCGUAAGCGUAGGUAUAAUACGAUGGGUAGAAUGUACUGUGACUGAACCAUCAUACUUCAAAUUAUGUACAGAACAUUGUCCUGUGCAUUUGGCUUUGUUAGACGAAGUUGUUGUUUGCCAUCCUUUAUUGCAUCCAAAAAUAUUAAGGUUACUUGUACAAUUGUUUGAAAGCAAACAAGAUGAAUUAGAAAUACUUGUACAAUUGGAAAUGAAAAAGAUGUUGAUUGACAGAAUGGUGAAUUUAUUAAGUAGAGGCUGUGUAGUACCUGUUGUGUGCUACAUUAAGCAAUGUUGGCAACGUGGAGAUACAGAUAUAUCUUUAAUUAGAUAUUUCGUUACCGAAGUAUUGGAAGCAAUAGCUCCUCCAUAUACUGCUGAAUUUGUACAAUUAUUUUUGCCAAUGGUAAACAGUGAAGAGAUUACUGGAGUGCGUGGAGAGAAUGAAAGCGAUCUAGUUUCAGAAUUUAUUGUGUACUGCAACACACACUAUCCCAUGGUAAGAUGACGCCAUAAAAAUUAAUCACAGGUAGGUCAAAUUGAAGAAAAAAAAAGAGUGAUAGUGCGAAGAGAUUGUUUUUAUUUUACAUGGAGAUAGAGAUCUUCAUACAUAACUUAUGGCUAUAAAUAUGUAUUGGAUGAAUUCUGCAUCCAUCUGUGAUAUUGUCAUCUAGGCAUUUUCUGUAACAAAAAUAUUUGUACAUAUAUAAUUGUCAUUAAAUUUUAAAAAGGACGAAACUUGUAAGAACCACAUGUAAAAAUGAAGAUGUUAAGUGGCUUUAAAGAUGAAUUUUAAUUAUUGUUAAUCUGAAAUUUGAUACUCAAACAAUUUAUAUUAUGGCACAAAGAGCAAAUGUCACAUUUAGCUAUAAGCUCAUUUCUUUUAUGCCAAAAUGUUUGUUGCAGAAAUCAAGUAUAAAUAUAAUAACGAAAACAUAAUUAUUACAUGCUUUUAUAUACGGUAAAAGGAAAUGGAUCACUCAUUGUAUUAUAUAUACAAUAAUCAAAUAAAAAAAGACAAAAGUA